AGACUUGUCACGUGACAAGAGGUGGUGGUGGCGAUCGAGAGUGCGAAACCUCUGAACCAAAUAUAUAGCUUUUUUUAGAGAUUCAUUGCUUCUAAACCGGCUCCAUAAUGAGUAGCCUGUUCAGAUCGGAAGAGAUGACCUUAGCCCAGAUUUUUCUACAAUCUGAGGCAGCGUACGCUUGUGUAAGCGAGCUAGGGGAGUUGGGAUUGGUCCAGUUCAGAGAUUUGAACCCUGAUGUAAAUGCUUUCCAACGAAAGUUUGUUAACGAAGUGCGAAGAUGCGAAGAGAUGGAAAGAAAACUUCGUUUUCUGCAAAAGGAAAUCGAGAAAGCAGAAAUCGCUAUGGUGGAUACAGGAGAGAGCUCUGAAGCCCCUCACCCUCGGGAAAUGAUCGACUUGGAGGCUCAGUUUGAGCAACUUGAAAAUGAGAUGAAGGAUAGUAACAGCAACUAUGAGGCACUGAUGAGGAGCUAUCUGGAGCUGACGGAACUCAAGCACAUCCUCAAGAAAACUCAAACAUUCUUUGAAGAGGUCUGCACAAUCAAACAUGUACACCAACAACAGAUCCAAGAACCUGGCCGUACCGAUGACACAGUUCAGCUUCUGGGGGAGGAGCCAUCAGCAGCAUCUGCUGCUACCCAACUAGGCUUUGUGUCUGGGGUUAUUUCCCGUGAGAAGGUGCCAUCUUUUGAGCGCCUCCUGUGGCGUGCAUGUCGUGGUAAUGUGUUCUUCAAGCAGGCAGAGAUAGAGGAGGCUCUGGAGGACCCCAGCACUGGUGACCAGGUCCACAAGUGUGUGUUCAUUAUCUUCUUUCAAGGCGACCAGCUCAAGUCAAGGGUGAAGAAAAUCUGUGAAGGGUUUCGUGCCAGCUUGUAUCCUUGCCCUGAGACGGCUGCAGAAAGAAGAGAAGUAGCUAUUGGUGUGGAGACAAGAAUUGAAGAUUUGCAAAACGUUCUUAGCCAGACUAAGGAUCACCGCUACAGGCUCUUGGGGACAGUUGCUAAUAAUAUCAGCCAAUGGUUUAUCAAGGUGAAGAAGAUCAAGGCCAUCUACCACACCAUGAACAUGUUUAACCUUGACGUCACACAGAAGUGUCUGAUUGCUGAGUGCUGGUGUCCAGUGGCUGACCUGGACAGGAUCCAAGCAGCAUUGCGCAGAGGAACGGAGCAUUCAGGAGCCAGCGUGCCUUCAAUCCUCAACCGCAUGGUGACAAGGCAGGCACCACCCACUUUCAAUAGAACCAAUAAAUUCACGCAGGGCUUUCAAGCGAUUGUAGAUGCCUACGGUGUGGCGAACUACCAAGAGGUUAAUCCAGCACUGUAUACCAUCAUCACUUUUCCCUUCCUUUUUGCUGUGAUGUUUGGAGACUGUGGCCAUGGCUUUAUCAUGGCGAUGUUUGCUCUUUACCUUGUACUUAAAGAAGACAAGUUGAAGAACUUCAAGGGUGGAGGGGAGAUGUUUGAGACCAUCUUUCAUGGCCGUUACAUUGUUCUGCUCAUGGGUCUGUUUGCUGUCUACACUGGCCUGAUAUACAAUGACAUCUUCUCACGAUCAUUGAAUAUUUUUGGUACUGGAUGGGCCUUCCCAAACAAUACUGGUGAAUACAGUUCGGCAGCAAUGAAAUCUUAUCCAAAGGACAAAAUUUUGAUGUUGGACCCCAAAGUCGGCUACUCUGGAAUCCCUUACUACUUUGGGCUGGACCCAAUAUGGCAAGUAGCCAAGAACAAACUCAAUUUCACCAACUCAUUGAAGAUGAAGCUGUCCAUCGUGUUGGGUGUCAUCCACAUGAUGUUUGGCGUCUGCCUCAGCUUUUUCAACCACAGGCAUUUCAAGAAACCAAUAAAUAUAUUCUGCGAGUUUAUACCACAGGUACUGUUUCUUGGAUGCAUCUUUGGAUAUCUCGUCAUUCUAAUCUUCUACAAGUGGAUCUUCAUCAGCAUUGAGAGACCAAAUCCACCCAGUCUGCUCAUCGCAACCAUCAACAUGUUCUUACAAUUUGCCAAGGAUAUAGAGCCCAAAGAUCAAGUCUUCUCAGGACAGGCUGUCAUCCAACCUCUUCUGGUCGUCAUUGCUGUCCUUUGUGUUCCAUGGAUGUUGCUAGUCAAGCCGUUCUACCUUCGACACCAGCACAAGAAGCAUAAGCUGGAGGGAUUCCAGCGCCUCAGCUCUCCUUCCCACAUCCAGGAGGAGCAUCAACCACAAGAGGUGUCGCACAGCGAGGAGUUUGCCAAGCCCCAGGAGAAUGACCAUGAGGAAGAAGAGUUUGACUUUGGUGAAGCGUUCGUGCACCAGGCUAUCCACACUAUCGAGUACUGUCUUGGGUGUAUUUCCAACACAGCCUCGUACCUUCGUUUGUGGGCACUCAGUCUCGCCCAUGCAGAGUUGUCCGAGGUUCUGUGGAGCAUGGUGCUUCAUCUCGGGCUCAAUAAGGAAGGAGCCAUGGGGAUCAUCGUCACGUUCUUGGGCUUUGGCCUCUGGGCAGUCCUGACGAUCGCUAUUCUGCUGAUCAUGGAGGGCUUGUCUGCGUUCCUGCACGCGCUUCGUCUUCACUGGGUGGAAUUCAAUAGCAAGUUCUACCAGGGAACUGGCUACAAGUUCAUGCCAUUCUCCUUUGAGCUCAUUCUGUCGGGUGAAAUCGACGAUUAAGGUGGCCAACUCCCACACAGGAACAAUUGAGAAACUUUAAUGGCGUGUAUUUUACUCUACAAACUCGCCUGUUCAACCUCGUUUCGCCAUUGUAUUUUACUCUACAAACUCGCCUGUUCAACCUCGGUUCGCCCUUAUAUUUUACUCUACAAACUCGCCUGUUCAACCUCGGUUCGCCCUUAUAUUUUACUCUACAAACUCGCCUGUUCAACCUCGGUUCGCCCUUAUAUUUUACUCUACAAACUCGCCUGUUCAACCUCGGUUCGCCCUUGUAUUUUACUCUACAAACUCGCCUGUUCAACCUCGUUUCGCCCUUGUAUUUUUACAAACUCGCCUGUUCAACCUCGGUUUGCCCUUGUAUUUUACUCUACAAACUCGCCUGUUCAGUCUCGGUUUAGCAAAGUAUAGAAUUGAUAGACUCGAAAUUAGACAACCACAAAAAGACUUAAAUUAGUAUUGGCGCGGAUUUCAUUUCUGUCCGUGAUAUUUCAAAGAAGCUUGGUUAUUAUAUAAUGGCCUAGCGAAGGGGAGUAGACGAGGGUUGUAAAAGCACCUCUCAAGAAAGCUCUAGACAUGCAAUUUAACCUGUAUCCGUGAUUGUACUUAAGUGAACAAUAAAAUGAUGUUUUUCGGUUGA